CAAAAUAAAACAUCGUCUCCUGUAUAUCUGCACGGACACCUUCGCUUUCUCGUCAUAACUGGAACUGCACACUUUCCCUUUAACGGGCAGAUCGAUGCAACAUCUCCCUGUACACCUGCCUGCCUCAGUCAGCACCACGGACAGCUCCCUGCAGAUCGCUAACACAGCCCCCCUGACAGAGGCGACGCAGCGGGCCCCAGGGGCAGGGCAUAGUUUUUUUCAUUUUGUAACGACUACCAGCUAAUACAGCCUCAUCUACGAUCAUGUUACUGCAGCACUGACAGCUAAACAGUAGAGGGCAGGAUGCGGGCUUUACUAUAACCCCCCCCCCCCCCGUUUUGUACUUUUUCACCGGAAAGAUCCCUUUAUUUUGGGGGCUUCAACCGAUCAACAUGCCUCCGUCGACUCGUCUCGUGCUGCUUUUUCUCAGGGUGGAGCAGCUCUAAAUGGAAACAGAUGUAAAUCGCGCCCGACAAGUACAGCUCGUCUUGGAUAAGGGGGGGGGGGGGGGGGGUGUCUCUCUGCAGAAUAAGGUGGUGAAAUCUCUUUCCCCUUCCUUCUUCCACGCCCUGUAUCAUUUGUUAUUAUCGAGAACCGCCCGGCACCAUGUCCCCUCCUGCAUCGGCUGCGACAGCGAGUGAAAGCAGUGCGACCACCGUUUUCGAGGAGGACACCAGGGAGGAGCAAAGACCCCUGAAGCAAUCUCUGAGCAAGUCGCUAUGCCGGGAGAGUUUUUGGAAAUGCCUGCUCCUGUCCGUUCUCAUGUACGGCUGCAUUGGAGCGAUGGUCUGGUGCCAUGUCACCAAGGUGACCCGCCUCACCUUUGACAGUGCCUUCAAAGGGAAAUCCAUGAUGUACCAUGACAGUCCCUGCUCUGACGGCUACAUCUACAUACCCUUGGCCCUGCUGGGCAUGCUCUACUUGGUCUACCUCGUGGAGUGCUGGCACUGUCACGUGAAGAACGAGCUGCAGCACAAAGUGGACGUGGAGGGCAUCUACGAGCGCAUCGAAAGGAUGCAGCAGGCCAAACCCUGCAUCUGGUGGAAGGCCAUCAGCUACCACUACGUUCGCCGAACACGACAGGUGACGCGCUACCGCAACGGAGACGCUUACACGAGCACCCAGGUGUACCACGAACGUGUCAACACCCACGUAGCAGAGGCUGAAUUUGACUACGGUCACUGUGGCGUCAAAGAUGUGUCAAAGCAGCUGUUGGGCCUGGAGAAAUCCGCUCUCACUAAGAUGCGGUUCACCAAGUGCUUCAGUUUUGCCAACGUAGAGUCCGAGAAUUCCUACCUUACACAACGAGCGAGGUUUUUCACUGACAAUGAGGGCCUUGAUGACUACAUGGAGGCCAGGGAGGGCAUGCACCUGAAGAACAUUGACCUGAAGGAGUACGUCAUAGUGCUGUCCGACCCAGAGCGCCACCCCUGGUAUCUGUCCCACUAUGUCUUCUGGUUUGCCUCAUUCCUCACUUUCUCCUGGCCUCUUAGAGUUUUCGCUGAGUAUCACACUGCAUACGUCCACUACCGCGUCGAGAAGCUCUUUGGGCACGAUUACCUCCCUGUGACCCCGUGCGAUGAUCGGCCAUAUUGGCGCCGCAUCCCUCGCGUUAACACCAUUGACAGCACGGAACUGGAAUGGCACAUUCGGUCCAACCAGCAACUGGUGCCCAGUUACUCAGAAGCUGGUCUGAUGGACCUGGCCCAGUGCCCGUCCAGCUUCAGCGGGAUCCGUCAGAACUGCGAGCGCUGCCACAGAGCUGUCAGCUGCUCCUCUGUGUUCUCCAGGAGCGCCCUCAGCGUCUGCACCGGUGCCAGCUCCCGCAUCCCCUUCAGCGGCAGCCGCUUCUCCUUGGCGCGGCGCUACGGCUCCCAGCGCAGCUGCUUCUGGCGGAGUGGCAGCUUGGAUGACCAGGAGAGUCCCAGCGAGAACACCCGCUGUCUAUCAGAGCGCCUCACCACAGACGAUGAGGGACCCCCGGACUAUGACGACGCACUCUGCUACCCAGUGCUCAUUGUCCACUGCAGUGAGAACUGCCACAACCACAGGUCUUUCCACAGAAAUGGCUCCUGCAUGGAGACUUCCUUAUGACUA